AUGAGGUUGCUUCUUGGGGCGCUGUUCUUAAGACUGAAUAAUGACGUAGAUUUACAGGUGCGGAGGGCGGGGCAGGAGUCACAGACAGAGGAGGAAGAACGCAGAAAGACCGAAAGAGACCGUGGGGAUGUAAGUGUGUAUGCGAUUUUCGGCGCUGCAGGUACAGCGACAUACAGCUUUCUUUCCCAGUCGGGGAACACCAUCUCCCGGAUACAUUACAUUUCUCCCCACAAUGUCUGGUGGAGGAGAAGUCCGUGUUCUCCGCCAGGAGGCUGGGCAGGAGAGCCCGACGAUGCCGGCCUGGAAACGAGAGAUUCUGGAGCGGAGGAAAGCAAAGGGUGGCGGGUCUGGAGCAGGAGCGGCUGAGCCUUGCCCUAGCGCGAGCUCAUCGCGGGUUAAUGGCGAAGUAACGGGAAACAGCAGCGCCCCCCAAAAAGACAAUGAAAUCAACGCUGAUUCAGUUCGGAACUACACCAUCACUCCAGCGAGCCAGCACUUUGCAGGCAAGCGUGGCAGUUCCCCCACCUCCCCAGAGCUCUCGCCGGUGAAAACUAACAAAGACCCCUUGACUGCCACCGACCCGUUUGACUCGGAGAAAACGGUAAACGAUGGCGAGGGACAGGAAAGCCUGGUUCUGCAGGACAGUCUAGGCCCAUUGCAGGAGAAUCCCUUCAUCAAACUGGAGAAGGAGCGAAAGAAACGGCAGGACAGGGAGAGUGCCAUUCGUCCCGUCCAGCACAUACUGGAAUUGUAUGGCAGUGUACCUGGAAUUCGGACUAUACGCGCUGAGAAUAUCAUUAUCAUAGAAUCCGAUCCGGAUUACUUUCCGGGCGCCAGUGGAAUAAAAAGCGGGUCUUAUCUGCAGCAGAAUGGGCUAAGCAGUUACAGCUCCCUCAAUGACCUCUUGGACAGGAGAGCUGGUGGGGUGACCGAGAUACGGGCAAAGGAGGUGGUUAUUUAUGACACCACACUAAGCAGGAGCGAGGAGAACUUGAGCACGCUAAGUCAUCCUUGUCACGAGGGCGCAUUCGAGACAGGAGAGGGUCAGGGCAGGGUGAGCCGCAUGCUGCAGAAAUUUGACAGCAACUACGGAAAACUGCAACCCAAGUCUCGCAGCACAGAGAACCUACUGGACUUGGAGACCAGUUCAAGCAGGCCAAGACAACGACCCAAGCCACAGCCAGAUCUGGUGCCAAAAUACAAAUCACACGCCCAGCCUAGCUCACCAGUCCGCACCCUAGGCAACACACAGUCAUCUUCCUCAGUCUCCCCCAGCUCCCAGUCUUCGAAACCAAAUCUACAGCCCCCUCUUUAUGAGCCUGACAGCAUUCUGCACUCUGCUGGACCCCCUCAAUCAGUGUCUUCCUACCGCCAGCGUUUUGAGGUGAGUGGGGGACACAGUGUGGUGGUCAACCCCAGAGAGAAGGCAGAUGGGCCCCAGACCAAGCCUUUCCGAGAGAGCGAUUGGGAGAGCACAGAGGUGCCCCCCAAAUCCAAGGUGCCAUGCUCUCCGGAUACCUGCUGUGCUCGUGCCGAGUCCCUUGCCAGCCCCACCACACCCCUGAUGUCUCCCCCCUCUCCAGGGUUCAAGAUCUGUCCCUCGCCCCGCCCUGACCUCUCCCUGCUGCCUUCCGGGGACAUCCAGGCUCGUGCCCUUGCCAACCUGCGCCUCCAGUCCCGCAACUCCUUCACCGUCUUCCCCAAACGCCACAGAGCAGCCUCUUCCCCCGGAAGCACGGCCCCCUCCAGCCCCAUCAAGUUUCCUCCCUCCCAGAGAUUGGCAGAGAUGCCCACUCCAGGAGUGCCAAUUCCCAUUACCCCUCCACCCACCCCAGCAGCCUCCAAGAGGAAAGAGGAGGUGAGGGCAGCCAGGCCAACCAAACCAGCCCCACCUCUCCCCACUGCCACCCAGCCCCCCUCUCCAUCCCCAGCACCCUCCUCAGUUCCCUCUAUCCAGUCGCCACCUCCAGAGGAUGCCCCAGCUGACCAGCUACCUGUCACCAACAUAGAUGACAUAGAUGUGGACCCUUCGAAGCCUGUCGCCCUCAGUCCAACUCCAGUGGUGCAUGGGCGGAAGGGGAAUACCUUCACUGUGGUGCCUAAACGUAAGUCAGAGCCUCAGCCUGGCUCUCCAGAGUCCCAGGAGACCUCCGGAGGGGCCCAGACCCCCCCCACGCCAUCCCAGGCCCCCUACGCCCAGCUGGGUUCCCUGCUGAAGAAGCGCUACCCUGCUGUGGAGGAGAUCGAGGUCAUUGGUGGUUACCAGUCCCUGGGACGCUCCUGCCUCAUCAAGACAGGCUCCACUGGCAAGAAGCUGAAGAUAUCGUUCAACGAGUCGAGCAUGCAGAGCAGCUAUGAGUACCCCUCAGAGAGCAGCGUGUGGGACAGCGGAGAGGAGGAGGAUGAUGAUGAGGCGGCGGCGGCGGAAGGGAAGGGAGGAGGUCAGGAGGAAGAUCAGCCCAGCAUGGUGGGCCGCAUCCACAUCCCUCGUCCGAGCUACACCAGCAACGGCACUGAUCUGUCCAGUUACAUUCCCAAGCACACUGUGGAUUUUAACAGCUGGCAGGAACAUAAGCUUGAUGACCCUGUUUACCAGGGGGACACCAAUUUCCAGCGCACACAGAUGUCAGGGGAAGUUAUGUUUUUGUGUUUCCAAUGCUGUGUUGGAGAUUUUGCCAGAAGAGUGCAGGAGCAAGCGAAUGUCAACACUCCCUCUUAAGAAAUGCUCUGUAGACCUGCUCAGCUUGGUUUGAUCAUCAGAGCUGUGAAGUACUGCUUCAGCAGCUCGUGACCAUUUGAUAUUAUACCUUCUGCAAGAAGCUUAAUGUCAAAGGGACAGUAAAUUAGACCCAUUGUCUAGAAUACUAUUAUAAACUAUUUCCCCCAUUCAGUGUUAAUGUUUGAACACUGCCAAGUGUGAAAGAUACCAAGAUCAAAGGUAAACCAAGAAUAGCAACUAUUGCAACAAUUCACCAGCGUUUGAAAGGUCGCCUUUCAGAUACUCGUUCUUGUGUAGUGUAUGGAUCAAAUAGCUGUGCUAGAUGGAACAAGGGAGGGUGUGUCCUCAUGGCCAUGUUUUUCCUUCAUUGACCAGUGAAUAGCUUCUGACCUCAACAGCCAGACCUCCUACACAUUCACAUUCCAUAGAGCAGGGUUUCCCAAACUUGGUCCUCAGAACCCCACGUUUUUGUGUUUUGCCUCAGCACUACGCACUUGAAUAGUUGAUUUGAAUCAGCUGUGUAAUGCUAGGGCAAAAACCAAAACAUGCAGUCAUUGGGGUCCAGAGGACUGAGUUUGGGAGCCCCUGCCACAGUGAGCUGGUCUAUUUUAGUAACGAAGACAUUGAUCUUACACUUGUUUAUCAAAAAAAAAAAGGCUGUUUUCAAGAAUUUUACUCAAUGCCAAUUGACUCGUUAAUUACUGUGGUUGACACAACUCGCAUUCUCAAACAGUAUUGAUGUACAGUUUAUACACUCCAAUGUAUUGCUUUUUGAAUAUCUUCAAAGGAAGAGGUUUAGAUUAGACAGGACUGGCAACAUUUCUAUACUGUAACUGUUUCAUGAUUAGACACUUGUCAAGUUUUUAUUUUAAACCUCAAAUACAGGCAAGGUGAAAGUGUUCAUCAAUCGAUGUACUGUAUGUCGAUGAGAAACAAUGCAUGAUCUGUUUCUGCCACAACCAGGGAAUGAUAACUGGUUAGUGUCCACUGAUAACCCCAUAUAGAACACACCUGCCAUUCAUCUGUGCCAACUGCUGCAUUUAGGACCAAAUCCCUAAGUAGGCCAGCAGCUUUUCCUGGGAAUUGUGCCUUUAAUUGAAUCAGGGGACCAAGAGCCAGGGCUUUAUAAUGGCAUGUUUCAGUGACACGAGACAGAUUCACUUGAAAGAAUAUUGAAGCCUGGGACCAUUGUAUAUUCCUGUUAAGAUGAGGCUUCCAGCUACACUAUUAAUCUCCAGCAUCAAAGAUGUGCUUACUGUAAAAUGUGUAGUUGUCAAUGAUUUGGGCAAAAAAAGUCAGAACUGUACAAAUGAAAGCUCAAUAAAUAGAUGAAGCCUU